AUGCAUGGGCCAAAAUAUAUUGAAACUGAUCAAAUUCUCAAAUGGUCGAGGGAGCAGGCUCUACAAAUUCAUCAAAAGCGCCUAAACGAAAUCAAAAACGAUGCAAAUAAAAUAAAUUGUUCACCUGGGAUUUCAAGAAAAUCUGGUUCAAGACCUCAAAGGUUUCUAGAAGUAGAACGAACCCUUGACAUCAAAAAGCACAACCAGUUAUUAUUAGAGCGAUUAGUCGAAAUAUCUUCAAGCCGAAAAGUAUCAAUUUACAUAGAAAAAAGAGGAUCCAAUGUCAAUCACUCAACCAAUUAAAAGCCUAAAUAAGCUCAAUAGGAAAAAAGAAGCUGAAAAAAUCUCAAACGAAAAUGAGAGAAUUGCCCGCAGACUUGCAGAGCAAAAACCGAGGAUGCCUUCUAAAAAGAAACUAGAUGAAGAAUAUAACAUGUAUAAGAAAUACAAAACCAGUAUAUCAAAGCUUCAUCAUUUGCAGACAAAGAAAAAUUUAAAUGAAAGAAGCAUAGGAAGUUUGCCGCCAAUAGAUAGAGAAAAAACUGCAAAAACUGCGAGGGAGACUGAAUAUGACAACAAUGAAAAAGCACUGAGGUCUCAAACCCCUGAUUUUGUAAAGAAAAAAAGCCACAUUGAUCAAAGGGCUAGCUCUAAUUCACCAUUUUCAAAGAAUCUCUCUCCUAGCUACUACAAAAGAAAAAGUGAUGAAAAUACGGCAUCUGAAAAAUCGUUUGAAGAAAAUAUUAAUUGAUAAACUGUUUCAUAGUAAAGUGGCGUCGUCGAGGAAAUUCCUCUCUGAGGAAUUUUCUUUCUUUUGGCAAUUUUAUUACUAUAGGAUUCAGUUUUCCCGUGAGACCUACCCAACUAUAUUAGGUAAACAACGGGGAGGGGUGCGCAUCCUCCUGACCUGAUCCUUGGGCGCUUGGUGGGGCAGAGUUUUUACUGUUUGACACUCCCGAGGAGGGAGAUCUAUAGGCGGCACAGCUUGCAGGAGUCAAGUUUUGAGCAAGACAACGCAGCCAGUGAGAUCUGGCCGAUUGGCGGUCACUUGCUUAGGAUGGUCCGUCGACCCAUAAAAAAGGUGACGUCGGAAAUUCCCGGUGAUGUCACCAAUUGGUGUCUACUAGGGUGAGUCCUUGUGGCUUUGUUAAAUCACCCUAUGGAACGAGAGAAGCACGUUAAACACUCUAAGUAAUGUUAAUGUUAAUGUUAAUGUUAACGAUAA